UCAAGAUCUUUCAUACGUUUUUAUCGGAAUUUUAAGACGGAAAAUAACAAUAAGAAAUCGUAAUAGCGCAAUUGCCUUGGCUUUUAUCAGGUGAAAUGUUUUACUAAACCUUUGCAAAGUGUUUCCUUGAUGUAAAGAUUUAAUCACACGGGAGCUUUUCAACCAACCAACUUGAACAUAAAUUUCUGAGUGUUGUCAGCUAUAUUAUUCCUCAAAGAAACAGCCAUUGCCUGGCUCCUGCCCUGCCGUCCCCCCGGUCGGAGCGGCACUCCCCCCGAGCGGAGGGAAGGAGCUGCAAAGUACGGCUUCCGGCGGGGUCACAGGGUAUGUUGGGGUCAGCCUGAGUCACCCUCGGUCCCCUUCGGCAGGAGCGUCUCAGGGCGGCUCCCGGCGGCGUGUUGUCCUAGGGCGGCUGCCAGGGGCGUGUUGUCCUAGGGCAGAGGGCGAGGCAAUAGGGGAUGAAAAGGCCGCCGCGCGCCAGAUCUUGUUUCAAACUUGCCUCUCCGGCGCUUUAUUGAGCACCUGACAACUCGGGCGGGUCCUUGGGGCCGCGGGGCCGCAUUUCCAGCCGAGCCGCGGCCGAGCAGGACAUCCCACGGCCUCGUCCAGCCCGCGUGGAGGGGCGAGCAAGGGCGUCGGGAAAACUAACGUGGCAAAUAUAGAUUAUCGGGGCCAGGAAGGCCAGACCCGGACUCGGGAGUGGGCAGCACAGGGAGUGGGGCAACAGCUGAGAGGAGCAGCAGUCGACGCUGGCCAGGGUCUGCACUCGCGGCCUGCCACCAGCGGGUCUGGCACGUCCUGCGGCGCACGGACGGCCUGCAUGAGCGCUUUCCUGGCGAGGAGCAGUGCUUGCCUGCUUGGCACAGUGAGGGCAAGGCGGCGGCAGUGCGUGGGCUUGCUGCCAGGGGGGCGCCAGCAGUGACAGGCGACAGUUGUGACUCCAAACUCCCUCUGUUGUGACUAAGGUCGUGGCUUAAAUGCCCUGUUAUUUUCCCUGUGGUGGUGCUCAGUGGACAAGGAAAGGCACGGGCUAGUGACACCCUGCUUGGCGCCGGGCGAGCCGGGCAUGUGCCCCUGGGAUGAGGAGCCAUCCCUGGGAGGCCCCUGGUGCCCACGGUGCUACUGAAGGCCAUGCUGGGUGUGUGCUGACUGUGCCCCGUGGCAAGAUGAGUGAGGGCGUGAGCCUACGGGCGUGUGGGCAGUGCAGCCGCCAAGGGGAGCACCUCAUGGUGUGCAGUGGGUGCAGGGCAGCCUGGUACUGUGGCCAAGACCACCAGAGACUGCACUGGAAGAAACACAAGGCUUUCUGUAAGCCAAAAAAUGGAGCGACUCAGUCCAGUUCGGAAAAAAAUGAGGCGAGAAGUAAGAAGGUUUCCCAAAAGACUAAUUUUACGCUUGACUCCGCAGUUCUUGAUGCGAUGAUGAGUGGACACGAUGUCAGUGACUGCAAUUUGCCAUUUCAGAGCAAUGGUGAUGGUGUGAGAAGUGGCAGGCGAAGAUCGCGAGGGGACCCUGAAAUGAACGCACCCUUAGACCCUAAUGAAGCCUCCGAAGCAUCACCUCACCUCCCACGGCCUCGAACGCCAUCGCUUCAACAUGUGGAAAUGUUCACGGAUUCUCAGUCCCUUGAGGAAGUGGGAUUUAAUCAAAACUGGUUCAACAGAUUGGCGCAGUGCGUCAUAAAUGACCUCAAUAUGUAUGGGGUCUGCGUCAUCGAAAACUUUUUGGGCGAGAGUCGGGCCGACCAGAUCCGGUCGGAGGUGGGCGGCCUGCACCGCCACGGCGUGUUCCACGACGGCGAGGUGAUGGCGCGGCAGGAGCAGGCGCGCGGGCGCGUUCGGGGCGACAAGAUCACGUGGGUCACCGGAAGCGAGCCCAACUGCGCCAGCAUCGGCCAGCUGGUGUCCGUCGUGGACUCGCUGGUGGCCAAGUGCAACAACCACCAGGACGCCGGCCAGCUGGCCAGCUACAACAUCAAGUGGAGGACGAGGGCCAUGGUGGCGUGCUACCCGGGCCAGGGCACGCACUACGUCAAGCACGUCGACAACCCCAACGGCGACGGCCGCUGCAUCACGGCCAUCUACUACAUCAACAAGGACUGGCGACCCGAGGAUGGUGGCGUGCUGAGGAUUUAUCCAGAAGGCAUGAACAAGGUGGCUAACAUUGAGCCACUGUUUGACCGAAUGUUAUUUUUCUGGUCUGACCGACGCAACCCCCACGAAGUGAUGCCUGCCAGUGUUACUAGUAGAUAUGCCAUCACUGUGUGGUACCUUGACCAGAAUGAGAGGGAAAACUACCUCUCCAGGAUCCAAAGUACCUCAUCCAGUACCUGAUCUGCUGCAGCAUAAGCAAGAGCAAAUGUUACCAGCAUGUGACUCGCGCUCAGUGCAGAGAUUUCACUGGGAAAGGUGUCACAGUCGGAAGAGGCAAGAUGUCACAGGGUUGACCGAUACCCAUUAUCAUGAUUACUUCAGGAACACGUUGAGUCAGGCAGAAAAUGGAAAGUAACCAUGUGCCAUACUGUUGACUUGGUGAGCAAGAGAAGUUUGGUGAACUAAUGGCUGUCUGAUGCCAGGCAUCUUUAGCCAUUGCCUUAUGUAUCCAAUUACCUGAAUAUGGAGACAAAUUGAAUUUGUGGAAGAUAAUGGUCUUUACAUCUUUGGUGAUAAAAACUGCUUAUUUAUAUUUUUUUCAUUUUUACAGUGCUCUUUACCUUAAAAAGAAAAAAAUGUACAAAAGGAAUUCUAUUCAGAUGUAUCAAAUGCCAUGAGGCGUGUGCAUUUUAUCUCGCCUUGCAUUUCUAGAAAGAAAGUGGUGUUGGAUAGCAGUGGUUCUUGUAAGGGUUUAGGAGACCAGCAAUUUUCAAAAGGAAAAAAGAGUAGCUCAUGUUGAUCUAUUGAGUAUUUACAAAUUGGUUCAUGUCUCAAGAACUUCUUUGUCCUGUAUCUGUCAUCUCUUCAUAUCAUUGUAAAUUCAUAAAUCCAUACCAAGAAGAAUGUCUUUCAGUCUUCUUUCAUUUUACUUAUGAUUUAUGUGAAUAUUUGUAAAAAGCCUUCAAAAGUAAGAUCAUAAAUUACUUAGAAAAUUCAGAAACUAGAUUGUUUAAGUAAAUUGUUUGUUCAAUCUUUAAGGGCUGUGACCUCUUUAUAUAUAUAUAUUGAUAUAUAUAUAUAUAUAUACUAAUUUAAGGUGGUGAUAUGAUUUACAGUCUUCAGUGAAUGCCACAAAUAUUAUAGCCAAAUAUUAGCUAAGUAGCUUGGGCAUAUGUAUACAAUGAGUGGAGUCACUUAACACAAAAGGAAGACUAGUGGAGUGGACAUGGUUGGAGAAAUACUGCAUCCUCUUUGGGGUUUUGCAGUUGACGGUUUGCCUUCUCCACACCUCUGUGAUGGUAAUGGCUUAAAACAAGGCUCUUUAUCCUAAUACAAUGAACAUUAUGCCAAGAAUAGGAGCACAAGACUCCUUUUUCCUUGGAGCAGAACCAGAAACAAAUGUCUUGCAAGGUAAAUACUAUACAUACUAGGAAUUUGAAUUGCUCCCAUGUAUAUACUUCAUCUGUUUAGGCACAAGUAUACCAGUAAAAAGCAUACAAGCAAACUUGUGUAUUAUACUAUCAUUUGUUGAUUAUUUUUUCUCAUGAAAGCAAAGUUAUUAAGAUGUAUAUAAGAUGUAUUUAAAGUAUUGUGAUUUUGUAAGAUAUUUCUUGCUUCUUGAAAUGCAAUGAAUAUCUAAUAAUGAUCUUUAGUCUUUGGCUUGUAUUCUCAUGCAUUGUUAGUGAUCAAGAAAUGUAAAUUUUGAAAAAAAUACAGAAUGUGGGCAGUGCCCAGAAAAAAAACACUUCCAUACUCUGUGAAUUUAAUUGUGCCUGAAGUUCUGUGUUGCAUGUACUUGGUGCUAUAAUAUGUACAGUGAGGUAGCAGAAAACAUCAUCAUAGGAUUGGACUAGCACACUGGAACCAUACAGGAAAUUUGAAAAUGCAUAUUAUUUUUGUAACUAGACUACUUGUUUCCUACAUUGACUUCAUUUAUCACAUACACUUUUGUGCUUCCAUAUGGUUACUUUGAUUUAUUUAUUAUUUUUCUUUUACUUAAAAGAAAAUAAUUUAAAGUCAUUAUAAAAAAGAAACUGUGUCCACUGUGCCAGCCAACUGUGAUGCAUGCAUUGCCAGGCAGCAGCUGGUUUGUACAUUAACCAGUGUUUAUAUAGGUAUUCUAUGACACUUUGUUACAGAUUUUGGUUAUUGGAGGGCAAAUCAGAUGGUUCCGAGCCAUGCAUACAACACUUCAUCAAAAAUUCAUUCAUUCAUUCAGUUAUUAUUCAACAUUGUCUCCGUGAAGUAAAUAUAAUGUUCCAAGACUUAAA